CCUAAAGCCUAACAUAUACGAAUGCUGUCAUAUUUUCGGUAAAGAAAGAUUUUGUUGUGAUAGUUUGUUUGUUGGUUUUGUGCUUAUAAUACGCAAAACAAUGGUGAAAAUUGCCCUGCAAAUCAAAGCACAGCUAGAGUGUAUUGAGAAAUUGUAUACAAACUAUCCUCACUAUCAGUGGUUUUUGAAAUUGAAGUGUAGUAGCUGCGGUGAGGUGACUGAAAAGUUUCAUGACCUAACAGAGGCUGAUAAAGUUCCGCAGAAGCAUAAUAGAUCAGAAACAAACUUACUCAUAAAAUGCAAGUUAUGUUCGAGGGAAAACAGCAUAGAUGUGAUUGAAGGCAGCAAUGGCGCUUUUACAAAUAAUGAUAUUGGAAAAUUUAAAACUAUAGUUCAAUUUGACUGUAGAGGAGUAGAACCUGUAGAUUUUGAACCCAAAUCAGAUUGGAUUGCUGAAGCUGAGGAAAAUGGUAAAAAAUUUAAUGAUGUGGAUCUUAGUGAAAAAGAAUGGGCAGACUAUGAUGAAAAGAACCAGACAUCUGUUGGAGUAUAUGAACUCGAGUGGCAGUUCAUAAAGGUUAAAUGAGUCCAAUCCUAAAUGUUUUGUGAAUGUUAAAUGUAAUAUUGUUUUUUUUAAUUAUAUAAAUAUUUAAGCAUAAUAUACUA